CCCAGUUGAUUGGGGCCUCGUACGUGUGUAAGUGUGCCGAGGAAGAAGACAAACCAUAAAGGAUCCAGAUCCCGAUCCUAAUGUGUCAUUGGGUUUGGGCUUUCAAGCCCAAGACAUUGAGACCCAAAGAGGAGAGAGUGGAAGUCUGUUGGCGCCUGGCGCAUAAAAGAAAGCAUGUGGGAUCUGGUGUAGUGGGAUAUGCACCUUCUUCCACCUGCCAAUAAGUGGUUUUCUAUCGCUUUUUGCAAUGGA